UUCACAUGUCCCAAUGUGUUCUCAGGAACCUAACCCAUAGUAAUCUUAUCUUCUCUCUCGGACCGAAUGAUUCCGGUGGUUUAAGGCUCACUUUUCAGUCUCUCGAUCUCUCCUACAUUGGGGUAAACCAAAUCUCUGGGGAUAUUCCGGUAUCUAAUUGCUGGAGUUUGGAGUAUCUAGAUCUCUCUUUCAACAAUUUUCAACACCUCAACCUCCCGUGUAACAAAUUAUUUUCCGGCGACACCGGCGUGCCACUCUGCGGUUGUCAACACCUCAGCUUCUUGAACAUCUGUUUUUAAAACCUUAUCAUUAAGUUAAUACGGUUAAGGAGCCGUCAAGAGGAUAGAUACAAAUGUACACAACCCCUGCAAUCCAUGAAGAGACAAAGAAGGAAGAGAGAAUAAGGGAUACCCAUUAAGAGUUCCUUCGGUGGUGGUGGAGGAAUGGGUGGAGGGCGGAUGCUUAGUACUGCAAUCGGAGGAAAUCAAAAUCAAAAUCAAAAUGUAACAUCUCCAACAAAUUCAGAGUCGAAUCAGUAGAGAUGGUGAUGAUCAGAGUUCGUAGCAGAGAUGGCUUAGAACGAGUGACCAUCGAUAACCCUCGUACUACAGUCUCAGAGCUCAAGACCCAAAUCGAGAAGCAGCUCAAAGUUCCUGUAUCUAAACAGACCUUGUCGAAAAACCAGAAUUUGCUCCUAGCUAAAACCCCAGAUGACAUUCGUCGCUUUGCGGAUGUAUCGAAUCCCCAGACCCUGAUUUCUUCUCUUGGAAUCUCCCAUGGUUCGAUGAUUUACUUGGCAUAUGAGGGGGAAAGAACUGUCGCUGGACUAAGUGGACGAACUGGGCGAACUGUCACCCCGGCUGGAUCAUUUGGGAGGAAGAUGACCAUGGACGACCUCAUUGCGAAGCAAAUGAGGGUUACCCGUCAGGAGAAACCGCAUUGUGAAUCGGUGUCUUUUGAUCGAGAUGCCGCAAGUUCAUUCCAGCAUUAUGUGAAUGAGUCGCUAGCUUUCGCUGUUAAGCGAGGGGGGUUCAUGUAUGGGACAGUCUCGGGAGAUGGGAAGGUUGAGGUGAAUUUCAUAUACGAGCCUCCGCAGCAGGGGACGGAAGAUAAUUUGAUCCUGAUGAGGAACCCUGAUGAGGAAAACAUUGUGGAGGCAAUUUCAUUGGGUUUGGGGAUGAGGAAGGUUGGGUUUAUAUUCACCCAGACAAUUGGGCAGAAUAAGAAGGGUUAUACAAUGUCGAAUUCGGAGAUUCUCCAGGCAGCUGAACUUCACGGGCAGAGUGGGCUUAAGCAGUGGAUCACUGCUGUGGUUAAACUGGAAGUUAAUGAAGAUGGUGGUGCUGAUAUCCACUUUGAAGCUUUUCAGAUGAGUGAUAUGUGUGUGAGAUUGUUCAAGGAAGGUUGGUUCGAGAGUAAUAUCAAAGGAGAUGCAGACCCGAAACUAUCUCGGAUGAAGAAAGAUGUGGUUGUUGGAGUGAAGGAUACCAAGGAUGUUGACAAUUGUUUCUUCUUGGUGGUGGUUAAGAUAAUGGAUCACCAGGGCCCACUUUCAUCAACCUUCCCAAUUGAGAACAGGAAUACCCCAGUGACAAUGAAGGCACUGAAAAAUCACCUGGAUUGGACAAAGAGCCUCCCAUUUGUGAAGCGAAUUUCUGAUUUUCACUUGCUGCUUUUUGUGGCCAGGUAUUUAGACAUCAGUUCCGAUGUUCCUGCAUUGGCUGAAUGUGUACAGGCACAUACAACAGUUCCAGAAGGAUACCAGCUCCUAAUCGAGUCCAUGGCCAGUGCUUUUUGAUUGUGAUUUACAUGUUUGGAGGAUCAUUAUGUAUGUUUUGAUGGGUUCAGCUGAAUCUCUCGGCAUGCUUCAGAGUUUAGCUCAAUGAAGUAGUCUCCAUUAAUUUCUGACUCCAUGCAUGCUAUCAAAAUUGUGGUCUGAAUCGUACAUUUCGAUAUAUCACCCUGUGGUUGUAUUGUAUAAGUUUGUCAGAAUAUUUACACUUAUAAAACUAUUUGUGUUAAGUAUCAUUAAACCAUUCAGUGAACCUGGGUUACUCAA